GGAAGUAAGCCUCAGCCACGUCAGAAGGGGCUUUCUGAGUGGAUGCCGAGGUGCAGGCAAAUCGGGUUAGACGGGUGAAAGGAGUGCGGCCAUUGCUAAGAAAACUGAAGCACGGAUACUUUGUUACAAGUUACAGACCUGUAGAAGAAAUCGUGAACGAUGAUGAAGGUAAUCGUGGCAGCACUGGUGCUCUUUAGUGCUGGAUAUUUGGUUCAUGCACAGGAAUGCGGUACUUGUGACAAGACGUCGUGCCCGGAGCCCGUGAACUGUGUUGCAGGAACAGUUCUGGACGCCUGUGAAUGUUGCCAACAGUGUGGCCUUGCGGAGGGGGAAUUGUGUGACUUCUCCCCCGAUGACCACACCUACGGUACCUGUGGGGAGAACCUGGAAUGUCGUCGGCGUCUCGACAAUGACAUAGAAGCGAUGUGCCACUGUAGCUACUCCGAACCCCUGUGUGGUUCUGAUGGAAUUACCUACAGGAACCUCUGUCAUCUACAGGAAGUUGUGGUUCUAGAGAACAAAGACGAUCUCAAGAUAGCAGCAAAGGGACCAUGUAAAACAGUUCCAAAGAUCGUCAGUGGUCCCGAGCAUCAGAAGAACCAUACUGGUGGUAAUGUGGCCAUCUCCUGUGAGGCCGAAGGUUACCCCAUCCCGGCCAUUGAUUGGGUGUUUACACGAGCCAAUGGAAAAGCUGUUCAGCUCCCAGAGGAUGACGGGAAGGUGUCCCUUAACACCCGUGGGGGGCCUGAGAAGUAUCAGAUCACCGGCUGGAUCCAGAUCAUGAAGAUCGAGAAGAGACACGAGGGUGAUUACACUUGUGUGGCCACCAACAAACACGGCACGGACAAGGCUCAGGCCCGAGUGAUUGUACUAUCAGAGGACGAUGAUCGUGACAGAGACCUGUGAGUACCAGCAGUCCGAUAAGACAUAGUGUGUCCCCCGGUUCAGGGAUCGGGUCAGCGACAUUACACCAUUCAGACGACUGGUUGAACAUCUCCCGGGACUGACAUAUUGUUGGCACAUGUCUAGAUUUUGUAAACCGUCAUGUACUACAUGUAAUAAAUGUAACUUUCCGACGGCUCAACAGAGUGCAUGCAUGGGACUUCAGGUUACGAGCAGAGGAAUCCGAAACAAAAAAACACUUUAUUUCAGCAUUGUCAGUGUUUUAGUUAGGAAAAUCUCCAUCCAGUUCAGAGUUUUGAUCUUUUUUUUUCUCUGUUCAUUAACAUGAGCUUUUGUACAAAAACUCUCUUUAUAUAAACAAAAUUUGUAUCGUG